AAAUACAUUCAUUAGUAAGGGUGAUUUAGUUCAUAUGCAGAGUUUUAAAUCAUAACCGGUCGUGUAUAUGGUUACUGUGCUUAGAACUGCAUUACAAUUAAAUUGCGAUAAUUCUAAUUAAAAUAUAGAACAACAUCGCUAGCUUUGACAUCGUAAUCAGGAGUGUUCAGAAAUCAUUAUGCCUAUUGGUAGUAUUUUUAAAAAAGCUUCAAGUUUUUUACUUGGUGAGGAAAAAGGAAAAAAAAUCGAUAUUUCAUAUGAAGACAACGAAAUUUUGUUUUGCAAAAAUAACGUUUGCAUUCAUCCCCCAAUUGUUGCGAGGCAACAAUGUGAUAUUUUACAUCAUCCCGGAUAUCUAACAGUUACAACGAAAACAUUUACUGACCAACAUAACAGUGCAAAACGUCCGACGUUGCUUUUAUCUUGGAUUCCCAAUUCAACUUUAUGCAAAUAUCCCUCUAAUGAUGGUAAAUCGUCGUCACGAUGUGCGAAAGAGUCUCCAGUCUGUGAGGAGGGCCAGAAGUCGAAAUGUAACAACGCACCUGGUAAAAAUGAAGAAACAUUUAAAACAUUCCAAGAUUGCAAUCAGACUAAUACAAAUAAAGAUGAUGACAUUGCCACAAGUGCAGAUAUGCUUGAACUAAGAAAUGAAUUGCAGCCUCUUUUGGGAGGAAAGAGGGCAUCACUAGAAGAUUUAGAAGCACUGAUAAAAAAAAAUCCUAUUACCUCUGUUAACAUAACAAUAUCGAAUCCUCAAAUAGAAAAUGCCCAUAUACCGCAAACUUAUAACUGUAUUGCACUUACGGAUGGAGAGGCUCAUAAACAAGAAUCAGAUGGAUCUAUUUCAGACGACAACAAUCCAAACUGGAUGACUCCUGAGUUAUUAGCUUUCAAGCAUAAUUUAUCGUUUCCUGAUAGCGCUUGUAACACCCCGACCAUAAGGCGCAAAACCGUCCUAAAAUGCAGACGAUUUUCGGUGGACCUUAGCCAGAUGCGCUCAUUGCGAUUAUUUUUCAACGACAAUAAUUGUACUUCGGGACAAUUGGUCAUAGCUUCAAGAGAGUCGCAAUACAAAAUUUUGCAUUUCCAUUACGGUGGUUUAGAUCAUUUAGCACAGGUAUUACAUCAAUGGCACUGUUUUUUGCACAAUAAUACCAAUACUGUUGGGCUUGACAGACAACACAUACAAUAUCGUCAGUUUAUGGUAUGUAGGCCAGAAGUUAAGAGAUCUGAAAUGCACCCAGACGAAGGAUGUGUUCAAAGGAUAACCACACAUUUUUUUUACGCUACACUGCUUAAUGAAAAGGGCCAAAUAGACGACGAUUUAACCCUGAGAAAGUGUGUAUUUUUUGGAGGCCUUGAAAAAAGUCUUCGGAAAACUGUAUGGCCUUUCUUGCUUAAAUGUUAUUCAUUUUCAUCUACGUUCGAAGAUCGGGCGGUAUUGAUGGACAUCAGAAGACAAGAGUAUGAAGAUAUAACGAGAAGACGUACGUAUUCAAUGUCACCAGAAGAACAACUUCAUUUUUGGAGAACCGUGCAAUGUGUAGUAGAAAAGGAUAUUGUAAGAACUGAUCGCUUAAACCCAUUCUUUUGUGGUGAAAACAACUCCAAUACCGAAAUAAUGAAAAACAUCCUUUUAAAUUACGCGUUCUACAAUACUGGAAUAUCCUAUUUUCAAGGAAUGAGUGAUUUAUUGGCACCAGUGUUAUGUGAAAUACAAAACGAGUCCGAAACCUUUUGGUGUUUUGUUGGGCUUAUGCAACGUGCCUUCUUUGUAUGCACGCCAACAGACAUCGAUAUUGAUCGUAAUCUUAACUUUUUGAGGGAGCUUAUACGCAUUAUGCUUCCCCGAUUUUAUAGCCAUCUUCAAUUACAUACUGAUGCUAUGGAAUUAUUAUUCUGCCACCGUUGGCUUCUGUUAUGCUUUAAAAGAGAAUUUACUGAGGCAGUUGUAAUACGCAUGUGGGAAGCUUGUUGGUCGAAUUAUUUAACGGAUUAUUUUCAUCUUUUUCUAUGCUUAGCAAUUAUUGCAGUAUAUGCAGAUGAUGUCAUUGCUCAAAAUCUCAGAUCUGACGAAAUGCUUUUACAUUUUAGUUCAUUAGCAAUGUAUAUGGAUGGCCAAUUAAUACUAAGAAAAGCUCGUGGAAUGCUUCAUCAGUACAGGCAACUCCCGAAAAUUCCUUGCACCUUAGCAAGACUUUGCAAACGUUGUGGUCCAGGGAUGUGGGAUUCAGAACAUCGACCAGCUAUUGAAUGCGUCGGUCAUACGGAGGAUGAAAAGUGUUCCUUGGCGUUGGACUAAAUUUAUGAUAACUAUUAGCAUUUUAUUAUAUUGCUUUUGUUGACUUAUUGUUACAAAUUAAUUAAUGUUAUAAAUAAAAUUGCUUUAAAUAUGCCUAAAACAUAACAAUCAAUAAAAUUAUAUUGAAACAGUGGUGCACGAAAUUAAAA